AUGAAGAAGAAGGCAAAGGUCGUUCCUCCGUGCUCGCAUGCCGAGUUUGAGUCGCUGCCGGAACCAUUGAGACGAAAGUACUUUAGCUCGCUGGAGCGGCUGCGCAUUGCUGAAGAGCACGCCCUGCACGAGCAGCAAGGGGAGCACAAGCACCAGUACCACCCGUUUCAAGCGCGGCCGUCCCGCUCGAGGUCCACUGCCAUCCAUCGUUCGAUACUUCCGCUAGGAUCGUCACGUCGCCGACUUGCACGAGCCGAAAGCCUAAAGCACGACCAUUACGUCGCGCAGGCCGACGCCUCGUUCUUCUUGUCGCUGCCGCCAAAAGUCCAGCGCAGCGCCUUUUCUCGCGAGGAGCAAACCAUCUUGGUCGGACGCUGCGAGAUCCCCCCUUCCACGACCGGAUCGCCCUUGCCUCCCGCCCGCCGCACGCACCUGCACUACGACGAGGAGCAGCGCUUCAGCGACUUCCACUUUGGCUUCAACAACGACGGCAGCGACGACCACGCCCUCGCCCGCGACCACGACCACAACCAUUACGGCGCCGCUCUCCACCGAGGUCGCUCCCUCCGGCGGCGGUCCAGCGUGUCGUCGGCCGACAUCUCCCCCACCCGCGGCUCGCCCUACAGCCCAGCACAAGAGCUGGACGCAGACACGGAAGGCAGCCUGCUGUAUCUCGACACCAUGAGCCCUGUGGCCUCGCAUCCCUCGCGCGCCAGCUUCAGGCGCACCCUGUCGCUCACCAACAUCCCCCUCCGCAGCUCCAUCUCGUCUGCACCCCUCGCUCCGGAACCCCUCUCCGCCCGUGGCACCGCGCCCUGGCAUCAAAGGGCCCACUCGCAGUCCGUGUCCGGCAGGCGCUCCUCGCACACUCCACAGGCCCCCGUCUUCGACCCCGAAGCUACCCACUACCGGGAUGCGGAGACACGCAAGAAGCUGCAGUUCCUUGCUUCCCCGCAGAAGUUUGACGAGGCCGUCGAGUUUGGGUUCCCCUCCAGCGGCGACGACACCAUGCCGCCCCGCUACCAGCUCCCUCCCAUCAGCACCGACGCCCGCAAUUUCAGCCGCGACGUGCAGAGCUUUCUCAAGGACGACCGCAUGUCGUUCUUGGACGACCACGAGGAAGAGGAUAACAAAGGUCUGGAGUCGGACGCUGAGUCUGUUGCCGACUUUGAGUCCCCUGUCACGCCCUCGAGCGUUGGCCAUUCAUUUCGAUACCACCGCAAACAGUCCUCCAACUUCUCCUCGUCUAUCGACUCCAAUGGCGUGCCCCUGAUCCACCCAGUCACUGGCCGUCUGAAUCGCGAGAUGACGCUGCGGAUGACUCUCACUCGGCCGGACCUGCGCGCGGAUGAGGAGCAGCUUUACGGCUGGCAAGGGCAGAAGCACACCAAGGAUGAUCCGUUUGCUCUUGAGGACCUUCCGCUCUCGGACGAUAUGAACGGAACUAAGGGUCCUUUCUACGUCAAGCCGAAGCCUCACGGCAACCUUGUCAGCCGACUCUUCAAGCGCAGCAGUAAGAAGGGACGAUGA